AUGAGUCGAAGUGUGAGAGACUUACGAGAGCUUAUCAAUGUAUCUCGAUUAUCUUAUCGCGAUGACGAUGAACUGGACGAAUUGUGUAACGAAUCGGAGGAGGAUUUUGGUGUUAUUCCUGUAGAGGUUUCACAACCAUCUCUUCCAAAGAGAAGCAAAGACUUGGCUCCUUUGAGCUUAGAUUCCAAAAAGAAACCUGUUAGUCCUCCUUUGAGCUCUGGUUCUUCAGGUAGGGGAUCUCCAUUACCUCCGAUAGGUGCUACUAGCAGCCCAACAAGCGGUAGUCCAUCUUCAUCUGGAAGGAGCUCUCCAGCAAGGCUUCCCCAAGAUGGAGUGUCUGAGCGUGUGAUUUCGAUUUCAGCUCGGAAGAAAGACGUUCAACAUUCAAAACCUAAUUUUGACAACAUAUUGUUUUACAUGGAUUCGACUGUGGUAGGAGAUUGGCUUACAAAGGCAAAUGAUUCAAUCAAACAACUGACAUCAUGGCUCCAUUGUGAUGACAAUUUCAUUCAGUUUGCACAUUUCUGGCUUUCAGAAAUGCCAAGAACUAAACAAAGGCAACUGCUAGAGAUGGAAUUCUCUAUUUUAUUGGAUGAACUGUACUUUGCUUUUGGUGCUGGUUUAAAAGGUGAAUCUGUUUCACAUGAUGAUGUUAGCAGAUUUGUUGGAUCUGUCCUUUGGGAAUAUCCUGAAAAAUUUCAUAACUCUGAAACUAAGGAUUACUUUCUAAACAUUCUCCUCUGUCUAUGCUCUGGUAGGAAAACAAAUUAUCGUACCCUGCUCUCAGAUGUACGGUGUUCGACAUCAACUAAAGAAUUUGUCCAACUUAUUUUAGCAACAAGAGCGUUUGCAAUAGCAAAUAUAUGUUCUGGGGCGUUAGAGUUCUACAAGAAUACAUUUCAAAAAGCCAGCUACUCAAAAGCAAUGGAAAAUUCAAUUGGCAGCAAAAGCCUUGUUGCAAUAGCAACUGAGUUUGCAUUCCAAGCAGUGCAGAAACACCUUCCUGAUGUGCUGGAUUAUUUAAUAAGGAACUACUCACUCAAUCACCAGACUCUGAAGGAUAAUGGGGGUAAAAGUCUGCUUUUCACAGCUGUGCUAAGUGGCAAUGAGGGAAUGCUUCAACAUUUGUUGAAGGUAAUCAGUAAUUUACUAACAUAAUUUAUGUGACCAGUGAACAAUAUUACUAGGCACAAAAGGGGCUCGAAAUUAAAAAAAAAAUCGUGAGGUCGCCUUUUGGCGACCAACUGUAGAAACAUAAUCACCAAAUGCAAAUUUUUAGUUGCCAGUUUGUAUAUAAUGUAAAUGACGCAGCUCAUAGUAUCAGGGCUUCUGAUAUUAGAGACCAUUAGAUUCUAAGACGAGUAUGACAACGAGUGAGAGAUUUUCUCAAUGUGCAUGAACCAGUGUCAUGUUGGCGGGAAAACAUGGUAGCCGUCAUCACUCUACUAUGAGUCUUAGCGAGAAUGUCGAAGUGGCGGAAACAAAAAAUCAAAUGUUAAAAGUUUUAUCAUUUUGUGAUCAGGAGAGGGCGUAAACCUCCUUUGCUAAAGAUAAUAGUGGUAACUUUUCUAGUGAAAAAUGGUAAAUGAAGCUUUCCAGGGAGUCUAUAUUUUGAGAAUGCGCGAAAAAAACUCUAAGUCAAAUCUUGUACUCGUAGUUGUCCUCAUCCUUGAAUCUAAAGGUUUCUAUUUAGUGCGGUCGCAGAGCCAAGAAAUUCAGGUAAACCCACGAAAUUCACAAAAAAAAUGCAAAAUGCUUCAAGAUUCACGAGAAAUCUUAUCAAAUACAUGUCAAUACAACAUAUUUGAAACUCAUCUCGGCUAUGGGGGCUGUUUAAUUGCUGUAAACUUGCAAAUUUAUCUCGAAACUUCAUCACCACAAUGAGCAAAGAAGGUCUCAAAACUACCAGGCGUAAAUUAUGUUGUGAAAAACUCGGCACUAGUCAUGAUAUUAAAAGCUUUGCUAUUGGCUCAUUUCUCGAGCGCUUUGUUGUUAAAAUCGCAAAAGAUUAUCUCUGUUAAAAAACAUUAAACAUGCUCGUCAAAUCAGUGCAAAAUCGAUUGAUUUCAAGUGAAAUUUGCCCAGAAAAUUCCCAUGAAAUUGGUCAUUUUUUACCAAUUGUUUUUCGGCAAAGUUAGCCCCAAAAAUUUCCGCAAAUCUGUCUCAGUAAGUCCCACAAAAUUUGCCUUUUUUUUCGCGACCCAUCAGAAGCCCUGUAGUAUGGCACAAUCAAUCAGAUUUGAUUGUUUGCAAAUAUCGCGGACAGAAGUUGGUUUAAAUUGGGUGGUAAACUGGCUUUGUUUGUGCGAUUUGGCAUAUUUUUUAUGAUGAAAGCAAAGCAAGAUAAGAUGAAAUGUUUGUUUUAACUUUACUCAUUUAAUUUAAAUCUAAAUCAUACGGAAACCUAGUUGCCAAAGUGGCGACUAAACCAGAGUUUUUAGUCAUCAAGGAGAAAAUGUUAGUUGCAUGGGCAACCAUAUCAGUCGCAAUUUCAAGCCCUGCACAAAAAAUGUGCCUCGUAUAUUUAUUUGAUUUUGCUAAUAAUUAUUCUAACUACCAGUCACCAGUCAGAUAUAGGAGAAAACAACAUAGUUUCUCCUGAGGCCGCAGUGAGCGUUUUCCUCCAAACAGACCUGAGUUUAACCUUUGGCACUGCGGGCCAUCGCUCUUUAAUUUUAAAGCUUAUAAACCUCAUCUAGAUAAAAUGUGAAAUAUAAAGCAGGACACAGCACAUUGGCCCAGAUGGGGAGAAGGACAUGGGUAUACUAGUCUUCUGGUCACCAUCCAUGCAUGGAGGAUGCUCAUCACUUUCUUAAAACCCUAACAGCAUAUAUUUUAAAACUAACCAGGUGACACUUACCAAAUUAAUUCAACAAAGCCAAAGACCAGGCUUCUAAAUCCUUUCCUCCAUCCUCCAUUCAAGUAUGUGAGGAAAUACCCGUAAUACACCAUGUUUUUCUCCCCCCCCCAUGAAAAAAAUCACAUAAGCAUUGUCUUCAUUUUCUCUUGGGAUGAACAAAAUAUUUAACUCUUGCUCUGGGCUUGAGAUCAAUUUUUUUUAUUAUUUAGAUACAGCCUAGAGUAGAUGUCAAUGAGACAUCUCCUUCAGGGAAUACACCCCUUCAUGCUGCAGUGAAUACUGGAAAUGUCAGCAUAGUGAAACUGUUAAUCAGUGCAGGAGGAAAACUUGAUGCAUGGAACCCUGAGUGUGAGGGUGCCACACCACUCCAUCUUGCUAUAAUGAGUGGUAAGUGCCUUGUUUUUGAGAUGCAACAAAUUGAAACAUUGCGACCUCAUUUUCCACCAUCACACACUCUUUGCUGGUUAUGAAGUUUACCCAAAAUUGCUCGACUGGAAGGGCUGCCUAGAAUACAACCCCAAGUGACUUCAAUUAAUAUUCUCUUCCAAUUUACCUUCUGCAUACACAUGAAUCAAAGAAGGAAUAAAUUGUUUGACAUUGCAUCUCUUCUUUUUUUUCCUUAAGAAUGCUGCUGUAAGGUGGAAGCUUAUUAGGACAUCAUACUGAAUUUUUGCUGCCAAACAUUUCACUCUUAUAUUGCUAUCCUUGCAGAGAGCUGUUUCUGUAAUAUAAACCUAACUGAUAUGGCUAAGCCCCAUGAGUCCCUCUCGGGGUGUCAAUGGGGAAUUAGAAGUAGAAAUCAAAGGCUUUUGAUAGGUCUCGACUGCUGUUCAGAAAACUCAGAAGUUAUUUUCAAGUUAUCUUAAACUGCAAUGAUCAUAAUAUUCUUUCUCAUUCAACUUAAGUGUAGGCAGUACCUCAAUAAGUGACUUUUUAUAUCUCUUUGUCCAGGAAGUACUGAAAUGGUGUCAGCAAUAUUAGAAGCUGGAUGUGACACAUCUGUUAAGAUGGGAAUUCCUGCCACUGUAACACCAAUGAGCCUUGCUACAGACUUAGGGCUGGAAGAUAUCACUGAGUUGUUAUCUAAAGCUAGUAUCUCUUGA